AUACACUUUAUAUUAUAACUAUGCAAUGAACAUAUUUUGUUACAGUAGUUGGCGAAAGUGGAAAUAAAAACAAUUUUAUAUAUAUCUUCAAUAAAGAUCGAUAUAAGAUGCAAAUAAAUAUUAUACGUAUUUUAUUUAUUUUUUGUACUAUAUUCACGGGUAUUAUUGGACUGUUAAUCUAUUGCAUGGAAUCCUAUUUACCUAUUUUUUUAACUCGUAUGUAUUGUUAUGGUAAAUAUUCUAUUAAUAUUUAUGAACCAAUAAUUGCAAAAACAGAAGUACCUAAAAAAUGGUUUAAACAUUUUUAUAUUUUUGCUGCACCAGCUUCAAGUUAUAUACUAUAUUUAGUUAUUUAUAAAUAUUUAUGGGAGUAUGAUAUCUCUAAAAAUAUUAUGUGGAUAUUAGAUAUGUGUCUGGGAUCAUUUAGACAACCACUAGUAUCACCAGAAAGUACAUUUAUAGCGAUUCUACUUUUAACUUUUCAUUGUUGGAAACGAUUAUAUGAAACAUGUUAUAUAAACAUCUUCAGUGAUAAAAAAAUGAAUGUGCUUCAUUAUAUAGUUGGAUUUUAUCAUUAUAUAGGAGCCUUAAUAUGUAUUAUAAGUGAAUCUGAAGGUUUUGUUGAAGGUUCAAAAGGAAAUUUUUCUUGGAAUAAAAUUACAUAUUUUCAUUUAUUAUGUUCAACUAUUUUUAUAUUAUCAACAUAUGCACAACUUAAGUCAAAUUUUAUUCUUUGUAAAUUACGAAAAAAAGAUGGAAAGAUUAAUUCUACAGUAUAUAAAAUACCACAUAAUGGUCUAUUUGAAUAUGUAUCAGGUGCAUUACAAAUUACAGAGAUAAUUAUUUAUAUAACACUUUCUAUAAUUUUAUGGCAAAGUUCUACAUUUCAUUAUGUUACAAUUUGGGUCUUAUGCAACCAGAUAUGGACUGCGAUAAUGACUCAUCAAUGGUAUAUGAACACAUUUAAAAAUUAUCCAAAAUCUCGAAAAAUUUUAAUUCCUUUUAUUUUUUAAUAUAAAAUUUUUUAUAUCAUACAAUGUUAUUAUAGAAU